CAGCCCUCGCUGCCAGCCCGCUGCCCUCCCUCACCCUCACAGAUGAGCUGGAGCUCCUCGAUCUUCCCCCUCAGGUGCCGCCCGGCCAUCCCUGUGAACACAGAGCCUGUCACGGCGCCGGCGGCACAGCUCCCUGCCAGCGGCGCUGCCGGCGCUGUGGCCACACGCCCUGCUGGCCCGGCAGGGCUCAGCCCGGGCCCUUGCCGCACGCUGCCGCCCCAGGGCACGGCUGCCAGAGGGCGGCAGCAGCGCCGAGCCCGGGCGGGGCUCCACGGCGCCGGGCCCGGCCGGCGCUGCCGGGGCUGCAGGCGGGGCCGGGGCCGCGCUGCGGCGGGGUGGGGAGGGAGCCCGGGCUCGGGGCUCACCCAUGAACCGGAUGGCCGCCUCUCGCAGGGGCUCCUGUGGGCUCUCCAGGUAGCGCAGGGCCCGGCGCAGGUGCUCGGCCGCUCGGCUCCUGUCCUCUGCCAGCUGCAGAGAGCGGCAGCAGGGGAGGCUUGGCGCGGGCUCAGCCCCCGGGCCGGGCGCUCGCUGCGCGCAGCCCCGGCCUCCCCUGCCCGCGCAGCCCUGAGGCGCGGCCAGCAGCCGCUGGCGCCGGGCUCCGGAGGGGGCAGAGCGCCGGCUGCUGCCCGGGGAGCCGCGGGGCCGCCCCGCAGCGCCGCCGGGCCGGGGCUCCGUGGGCACCCGGCUCGGGCCCGCAGGAGCCUGGAGAAGAGCCCGCGCGGCCUCUGGGUGCAGCAGCGGGCAGCGGCACAGCGGCCAGCCCCGCACGCUGAGCACCGCGCUCAGGGGUCUUGUCCAGGCUGAGCCUGGGGCUUGCAAGCCGUCCUUACCAGGACCUCGGCAAACAUCAAGAGUUUCUCCUCCUCCAACAGCUGCUUGAGUUCCCUCCUCUUCAGGAACCCGGCUGCACAGUGUAGUGUUUUCCGAGAAGCCUGGAGAGCAGCAGAGACGCGGAGAUGGCCCCACAGCCCGGGGCACAGGACUCACAUCCCUGUGCCAAGGCCUGGAGGUGGCUGUAGUCCGGGAGUUGACCAGGGCAGGAGGCAGCUGAGUCCCCUCCCCAGAGGGCCACCUGCAGCCCACGAGUCCUCACCUGUGCCACACGCCGAUUCUCAUCAUGGCAGUGGAAGAAGAGUGGGAGCAGGCUCUGGCACACAAUUGACUUCAGGGGCUUUUUUCCCU